AUGACAUCCCACGACAAUUCGAUAAUCAUAUCGGAAGCCGAUAAUUUAGAUAGUUCAGUCGAACUUGUCUCGGGUGAUGGAAUUGAACAGCAUGAAUCGGUGCAGCAACAUCAAGAGGCUGACUCGGGGAUGAGUUAUACUACAGUUCCGUUGGAAGUAUUGGAAGUAGCCGGUAUCGAUAUUGAGAAUUCAGGUGAAUUAACUGAAGAGCAAAUAAAUACAAUCAUGUCCUUGAUUGAACCAAGUGGUUCAACUCAGCAGCAUGAUUUGAAGCAAGAACAAGCUGAUAUACCACAGGCAUCUUAUGCUAAUAGUAUGCCCAGUUCUUCAUGCGAAUCAGGCGAUCGUUUAACGUUGUACAUUUUGGAUGAUGGCUCAUUGAAGCUUACGGAUGCUACAUUUCAGAAGGAAUUUUUUUUCACAUCGGAGGAGUUAGCAUUGCACAAUAUUGAUGUUGACAAUUUAACUGAUGAAACUUUGCAAAGGAUCAUUCAGAUGGCAAUGGAAUCUAGAAACGAGGUAGUGGUGAUGAAAAGGCGAAGAAUCGAAGAUGAUGGCUGUGUGGAAUUCGCAGGACCAAAUUUUUUCGCUAACACUUCUGUGGAACCACCGACGUCUACUGCUUCAAAAAGAGCGCUCGUCAACGAAGAGCACCAUGUCGACUCACAACUGUCGUUAAUAGGCACUGAGGUUGAAAUUAAACGAGAUGGUAAAGUAUAUUCAGCCACAAUUAAGUACUGCAGGCAGAGUGGAGGAUACAAAGUGCAGUUCAGUGAUGGGCAUUUCGAAUGGGUUAGCGAAGAUGAGAUACGAUUACUUCACGGCGAAGGUCCUGGAAAACGUAGUGAUCAUGAAUCCUAUAGUGAAAGGACGGGAAUUGUAUCUUCCGGAGGUAUUGGUGGCGAUACAGUAUCAAAAAAUAUUAACGGUCGGAGAUGCAUUUCUCAAAUUCCAGGUAUCAAAGUCACUCCAACAAAUGGUUGUCAUAAACAGGAAGAGCCAAAUUUUUGCUGUGUUGUAUGCGAUCGGAAAGUUUAUCAAAAGGAACCACAGUACAUUGUAAUACGUAUUCCUGCUUGCGAUAGAUGUGCUGAGCAAAAGAUGAUUUUGCUAGAUGGUGCCACAAAAGAUUGCGAAGCGCAGACAUGUGCCACCAUUCUUAAAAAUGAUCUUCGUAUUACUGCUGCUGCUGCUGCUGCAAAUGGCGAACAGGGGCGAAAUUAACUUGGAAUGAUUGGUUUUGAUAACUCUUAUACACAUUCUGACAAACUCUCUCGUCUUUCGGUAAUGUAGAAAUAUCCUGUUAAACACAAUUUUAAUGUUCAGUCGAAUUUGGUUAUGAUUAUCUUUCCGGAAGCAUUUAUAGAUGGUAAGAUCAAGAUAUUGUUAGGACAAAGAAAACGUUUGGUUAGAAGACGGG